AUGACCAAAAACUUCCCGGAAUUGGGAUUGAGAAAAGAAGAUUGUGUGGAAGGAAGUUGGAUUGACUUCGUACUUUGCUGGGCCAACUUCGACAACACAACCGGAGACAAUUACAUUGAAGUUGAUGCCUAUAGACCAGAAAUAGGAGUCAAAUGCAUGUUGGAAGGUGGAUGGCUUGUAAUUUCAGUUGCUCUGAAAAUAUGUGAUGCAUUAACAGGGGAUGAAUUGCACUCGCUUGACCACAAACAUAUUGUUAGGGCAUGUUCCUUCUCUGAGGAUACACAUCUUCUACUGACGGGUGGUUUUGAGAAGAUACUUCGCAUAUUUGAUUUAAAUUGUCCGGAUGCACCCCCACGGGAAGUUGAGAAGUCUAGCCCCGGAUCUGUGAGGACAGUUGCAUGGCUACAUAGUGACCAAACUAUAUUAAGCUCUUGCUCUGAUUCAGGAGGUGUAAGUAAAGAUGGACGUUAUAUUACCACUGCAGAUGGAUCUAGUGUCAAGUUCUGGGAUGCAAAUCAUUUUGGACUGGUGAAAAGCUAUGAUAUGCCAUGUACUGUGGAAUCAGCAUCAUUGGAACCAAAGUUUGGUAAUAAGUUUAUUGCUGGAGGGGAAGACAUGUGGAUUCGUCUCUUUGAUUUUAAUACUGGCGAAGAGAUUGCAAUCUACAAAGGUCACCAUGGUCCAGUCCAUUCUAUACGGUUCUCACAGGGAGGUGAAUCAUACGUAUCCGACUCAGAAGAUGGAACCGUAAGAAUAUAG